AGACAGCGGAAGUAUCGCGUGAAGUAGGCGCUGGAGAGGCAGCGACUUUUCAGUGCACGAGUCCGUCGGACGAGGAUGAAUAGCCGCUUGCAGGAGAUCAGGGAGCGGCAGAAAUUGCGCCGGCAGCUUCUUGCUCAGCAGUUAGGAGCUGAAAAUGCUGAUAGUAUUGGUGCAGUACUGAAUAGCAAGGAUGAACAAAGAGAAAUUGCUGAAACAAGAGAAACAUGCAGGGCUGCUUAUGAUACAUCUGCUCCAAAUUCUAAACGCAGAUAUCCUGAUGAGGGAGAAGCUGAUGAAGAAGAAAUAGAAGAAUAUAAAGAUGAAGUGGAGCUGCAACAAGAUGAAGAGAACCUACCAUAUGAAGAAGAAAUUUACAAAGACUCCAGUACUUUUCUUAAGGGGACACAGAGCUUAAAUCCUCAUAAUGAUUACUGUCAGCAUUUUGUGGACACUGGACACAGACCUCAAAAUUUCAUCAGAGAUGUAGGUUUAGCAGAUAGAUUUGAAGAAUAUCCAAAACUCCGGGAACUCAUCAGGCUGAAAGAUGAGCUAAUAUCUAAAUCUAACACGCCUCCAAUGUAUUUACAAGCUGAACUGGAAGCUUUUGAUCUUCGUGAACUCAAGUCUAAGUUUGAUGUGAUACUUUUAGAACCACCAUUAGAAGAAUACUAUAGGGAGACAGGCAUUACUGCUAAUGAGAAAUGCUGGACAUGGGAUGAUAUUAUGAAGCUGGACAUUGAAGAAAUUGCUGCCCCACGAUCAUUUGUCUUUCUUUGGUGUGGUUCUGGUGAGGGCCUGGAUCUCGGCAGGGUGUGUUUGCGCAAAUGGGGAUACAGAAGAUGUGAAGAUAUCUGUUGGAUUAAAACGAAUAAAAACAAUCCUGGGAAGACUAAGACUCUGGACCCUAAAGCUGUUUUUCAGAGAACAAAGGAACAUUGCCUUAUGGGCAUUAAAGGAACAGUCCGCCGUAGUACAGAUGGGGAUUUUAUCCAUGCUAAUGUUGACAUUGAUUUAAUUAUCACAGAAGAGCCAGAAAUUGGCAAUAUAGAGAAACCUGUGGAAAUAUUUCAUAUUAUUGAACAUUUUUGUCUUGGAAGAAGGCGGCUUCAUCUUUUUGGACGAGAUAGUACCAUCCGGCCAGGCUGGUUAACUGUUGGACCCACACUCACAAACAGUAACUUCAAUGCCGAAACAUAUACGUCGUAUUUCACAGCCCCCAACUCCCACCUAACUGGUUGUACAGAAGAGAUUGAGAGACUCAGACCAAAAUCACCACCACCAAAAGAUCGAGGAGGUGGUGCGCCAAGGGGUGGAGGAAGAGGUGGGACUUCAGCUGGCCGAGGAGAAAGAGGCAGAGAGAGAAACCGAACUAAUUUCAGGGGGGAAAGAGGUGGAUUCCGAGGGGGACGGGGAGGUACUCACCGAGGUGGCUUUCCUCCUCGCUAAGCAGUGAAAAUUUGUUUUUCCCCUGCCUUUAUACUACUGGCUUUUUGUUUAAAAAAUGCAAUCUUAGUUCCGCAGUUAUGUUUAUUAGCAGCUCACUCGAGAGAAGUGCUACCAAAAUGUUUUUGUGCCUAUUAUGGACCAAACCAGAUAUGGUACAAUAAUCCAGGUCUUACAAUAAAACACAUUUACUAUCAAAGUUGAGUUGCCACAUGAUGGUUUUAAUUAUAGUUUUAAACAGUCAUGUGCUUUAUAUUUUCUAAUAUUGUUUUUUUUAAAAAACUCUUAAUUUGAUAUUAAUCAUUCUUUAUAAACACUGAAGUAUUUCUAGGACAAAUAUUGCUCUUUCUGUUACUUUUUAAAUGAAUGAAAUGCAACUCAGGUUCUAAGAAGAGAAAAUAGGUGCUCCUAUUAAGGGAAACCUCAAAUAUAUAUUAGUCUCAUAGUCAGCCACCUUCUAAAACUAUUGUAAAAAUGCAAUUAUUAGUAUUUUGUUCACUUAUCUGUAUAACAACAUAGAGUAAGUAUAAUCAGUUUCAGUAACAUGUUCUUGUCAACAAAAAAUAUUUUUAAAAAAGAGUGCUUUAAGUAAACUACUUUUCUCUUGAAAUGGUAUUGUACUGUAAUGCUAUAUUGCUUGGUGUCCAAGAACCUUAGGACACAGAAUCAUAAUCCUAGAUGUGAGAUAGACAAAAACUUUAUAAAAUCCUUUAAAAUAAGCCAGGAUUUUAGUCAUGAUUUAUUGAAAGCCCAUCAUAUCCUGGUUCAUACCUAACCCUAAGCUGAAAACCAACCAACCGCAUAAUGGCUUAGUAAAGUGUGAGCCCAGCCAUUAAUUAAUUCCCAGAUCAUGUGAUUCCCAUUUUGAAAGUUAAAAUCUGGAAAAAAAUAUAGUUAGCCAAUGAUUCUAAAGCAGUUAAGACAGAGUCGUGUAUGAACUUGCUGCCUUAGUCAAAUAAAGAAUUUUAUUUUGGGAAUAAAGUAACAAUAGUAUUUUUGAAGUGGUAGUCUUGAAGUCUUGAAAGUUAGUAUGUUGUACACGUUUAAAUGUUUAAAUGUUCAUUUACUCCAACAGUCAUUCUAGUAAUAGCAGUUGCUACCUAGUUUUUUGCAAGGCAUUAAAUUUUGCUACGUUCUAAACCAAAGAAUCACAAAUCCCUUAAUGUUGUCUCAUAGAGAAAAUGUUACAACUCAACUGCUUUGGCUCGUGUACAGUAAUGGGAGCGUGGAGUAUGUUAACAAAGCUUUGGGUGAAUGACCUUGUGGAAUAUGUUGAGGCUGCAUCUGGGCAUGGUCAACACAAAAAGAUUUUCUGCCAAAAUAAAAACUGCAUGUAAAAAAAAUGAAUCAACCCCAGAAAAAUUGGCUUCCUUCCUUCUUAUUCCCCUUAAGUAAACUACAAAAAAGAAUUAAUUUUAAAAUUAUUUACAAAAUCAACAGGUGAGUGGGAGGCACAUAUAGGCCAGUUAUACCUGGAAAGCCACAAUUUCCAGUGGCCCCAGUCUUUGGCUAUUUUGCUGGGGCUGAUAGUCCACUAUUUUGCAAGCCAUGUCACAGAGCACCAUAGCAUGCAAAAUAAUGAAAAGCGCAAAAAACACUGUACAUUAAAUGUCUGGAGGUUGAGUCAUGGCAACUGGACUUCUUUUCUUUUUGGUAGAGACAUUUCACUAUUUGUCCAAGCAACUUAUUCAGUCUAUACUGUACAUUAAAUGUCUGGAGGUUGAGUCAUGGCAACUGGACUUCUUUUCUUUUUGGUAGAGACAUUUCACUAUUUGUCCAAGCAACUUAUUCAGUCUAUACUGUACAUUAAAUGUCUGGAGGUUGAGUCAUGGCAACUGGACUUCUUUUCUUUUUGGUAGAGACAUUUCACUAUUUGUCCAAGCAACUUAUUCAGUCUAUACUGUACAUUAAAUGUCUGGAGGUUGAGUCAUGGCAACUGGACUUCUUUUCUUUUUGGUAGAGACAUUUCACUAUUUGUCCAAGCAACUUAUUCAGUCUAUACUGUACAUUAAAUGUGAGCUAGCAGAAAAAAAGUUAAUAGGCCAGAAUGUACAGUAACAAGAACCAAAAAAA